CUCAACAUAUUUGUAUUAUAGUUAUUCAAAAAAUUAAUCUUAUUUAUUUUUACAAUAUUGUUUAUUCUAUACCAUUAAUGAAAUAAACAUAUUUCGAUUUAGUCCACUAUGAACGAAUUAAUAUAUACAGAUAAAGCCGAAGACCAAUUUAUGAAAACAUUUAAAUAUUACAAAUCCAAUAGUUCACCACCAUCUCUUGAUGAAAUAAUAAAUAUUGAUGUUAACAAUAGGACUGACAAGGUUCUAUUAUUGUCACCAAAUAAUUUAAAAAUCGAAGACACAAGAACAAAACAGCUAGGACUAAUAGAACCCAAACAUUGGUGCUUAUAUUCAUUCAGGGACCAUCCAGGUUUAUUUUUAAUAAGGAAUCCAUUUACAAGUCAUGGCCAGAGAUACUGGAUAGAGAAAUGUUUAAAAAUAUAUCCUAGAAAACCUAAUAAAAGGAAUAUAGAUAUAGAAACAUCUGUAGAUGAUUGGUGGGAGGCAUGCCAUCUUCAUGGACAAUGUGAUAAGAAGCUACUUAAGAAGCUGAGGUGGAGCACACUGGGUUACCAUCACAACUGGGACACGAAAGUGUAUACAGAAGACAACAAGAGCCAGUUCCCUGAAGAGUUGUCAGUGCUGUGUGACAUCGUGGCCGGGUACCUUGGCUAUGUAAAUUUCAAAGCAGAGGCAGCCAUUGUCAACUACUAUCACAUGAACUCCACACUGUCUGCUCACACUGACCACUCCGAGGUCAAUUUAGAGGCGCCACUGUUUUCUUUUAGUUUCGGACAGUCAGCAAUAUUUCUGAUCGGGGGCACAGACAAAACUACCGUGCCAUCGGCCAUUUUGCUCAACAGUGGAGACAUCCUGGUCAUGUCUGAAGCUGCAAGACUCUGCUAUCACGCUGUACCUAAGAUACUACCAUCUGUCUCAUCACCUUGGAAUGAUGAUGAUGGAAUAAAUGACGAUUGGCACUCGUUCGAGGAAUAUAUAAAGGAAUCAAGAAUCAAUAUGAAUGUACGACAAGUAUUGAAUGAAACACAGUGCAGUUUAUAAUAUUUAUAUUGUUAUUAUUUCUUGUUAUAAAUAUAAA